AUGAAGUCGGACGAGCAGACGCUGCCGUCGCCGUUUGACAACUGGUCGCCCGACAUCGAGUCGAUUCCGCGGCUCUCCGAAGGCGACCGCACCGAGACCAUUUCGACCAGUGACGCGCGGGCAGCCCUCGCGACGCGCGCCGAGCUGCGCACGCAUUUCCUCAACGUCCCGUUUCCGAUUGUGCUCUUCUUUGCGUUCGUGACCGUCGUCCUCACGCACACGCCGAUUUACCAAGUCUUUUUUGUCAACCAUGGGAUCUCGAUCGCGCUCAGUCCGCUUCCCGCGGACACGGUCCAGCGCCCUGGGACCCUCGAAUUUAUGAACAUUCGGACCGCCGCCGACUUUGAGAGCUGGUUUGAGUUUUCCUUGUUGCCCGAGAUCUUUCCCGCCAAAGGCGGCAACAAUUCGGCGUUGGAGAACGCGACCAUUGGACGCAUUGGCUCGUACAAUCAAGUCGUCGGCGCCGUCGAAAUCUCGGUGCUCAAUGCCCCCAAGGCCAAGUGCCCGAGCGACGGUCAACUCGCGUCGCACUACGGCGCCUGCUACAAUUUCGAGUCGAAUUUUGAGAUCACGGACGGCGACCUCCACACGCGCAACACGCGGCGCCAGCCAUGGUAUACGUUGUACCUUCCGCUGCAAGAGCCGUCACCGUACACCAAGUACAAAUUUUGGCAAGAACACGGCAGCACCGGCGGCUACUACAUCAACCUCGGUACGCGUCAAAUCGACAUCAAGAUCACGACCUACAACGGCGAGCUCGACAUGUUUACGUACCUUCGAUUUGCGCUCGAUUUUCAAGCUGGCGGCGCGAUCGAGCCAAAGUACAGCGUGAAUUCCGUGCCCGCCAACCCGUACGCCGAGUCGGCCAUUAGCCUCCUCCCCGACGUCCUCGUGGCCUUGCUUGGCCUUCGGCUAGUCGUGCGUCGGCUCGUGCAGCUGGCGGCGCGUAUGAAAGCGCGAACGGCGUGGGUCAUGGGUGCUGACGCCAUCGAAUGGCUUUCGGUGGCCGCGCUCAUCGUGUACUACGUCGCCUGGUUGCGCCUCUUUCAGCGCUGCUUUGCGUCCGAUUUCGAAGACCAAGUCGACGCGCUGCGCACGUUCUACGACAGAGUGUACGCGCUGCCGGCCGCGGACCAACCGGAGGCCAUGGCGUCGAGUCCGCAGCCGUCCGUGUCGGAUUUUAUGGACGGGUUUGCGCCGGCACUCGGCUUUUUGUACAUCAUGUCCAUUCUCACGUGUCUUCAGCUCGCCGUCAAUGUCAUGGCCGCGCUGCACUUUCAUCCGACCAUGAGCAUUCUCAGCAACACGAUCAUAGCCAGCGUCAAGCGGCUGGGCACGUUCCUCUUCCUCUUCCUCCUUGUCGUGAUGGCCCUAGCAACCUCGGGGGCCCUUCUUUUUGGUACCAAGCUCGAGGCGUUUGCGAGCCUUGGCGCGGCCAUGAUCACGUGCAUCAACAUGAUCUUCAACGGCUACGAGUACGACAACAUCAGGGACAUCAAUCCGCUCGCCGUCGUGUGGUACUGGCUCAGUCAGUCGACGAUUACGCUCGUGCUUGUCAACAUUAUGCUCGCGGUCAUCAUCUCGGCCCACGAAGAUAUUGUCCACGUCGACCACGGAAAACGGUCGUUUGUGCAAGAAAUGCUAUAUGUGCUGUGCGACGUACUCCGCACCGACUGUGUCUGCAAGGGCCGCCACGUCCUGCGGCUCCAAGAGCGCUUGGCGAUUGACAACGGCGUCCGAGUGUGGACAGCCGGCGACAUUGCCCAGGCGAUUGGUAUCUCGGAUGCGCAAGGUGCCCGCUGGGUUCGUACUCUCAAGCAGUUUGCAAGUGUGCACACGGCCCCAAAGGCUGACGCGACCGACGACGCUGCGACGUCAUCGAUGGACGAAAUGGCGUACCGCCGGCGACUCGAAGACCGCAUCAAAUUCAUGGACGCCAAGCUCGAAGUGCUCGUCGAGUACAUUCAGCUCCACAAUCAGCAACGGAUGCUCCAAAAUGUAUAA